AUGUCCCCUUCGCCAGGAGAUGCGCCUUCAUCGCCAGACUCGAGUCGCCCUGGCGGCCUGGCGAGCGUCUUCAAAGGCUUGACGGGUGCCAAGUUGACCAAAUCUCCUCCGCCGAGCCUCAAAUCUACCUCGUCGAUCCUCUCUCCCAUCGCCGACACCGUGAAUGCCACCCGCACUACCCUGACUCUGUCGCCGAACCACAUGGAGUCCUUUGAGUUGCUGAAGAGCGGGAACGGCACCGCCGCCGAUCGCGUUUCUGCCGCAAACUCCCUUCGAUAUGCCGUGUCCGAAUAUCCCAUGAACCCUGUCCAGGAUAUCUGGUACGCUGCGAAGGACAUGAUCGAUGCGACAAAGACAGAUGCGGAACGUCUCGCUGGUUGGGAGCUUCUUUCAGAAUGCGUCAAACACAAGGAGGCCUCGGACCUCGAUCGCAAAGAGUACUUCCAAACUCUCACUGCACCCGCGAACCCGGACGAUUUCCACCUACAACUGGCUGCUGUCGUGGACCUCACCAAGCAUGGAAGACAGCUGAAUGGUUUCGAUUACGAUGUGAUACCUUUGCUACGAAGUUGGCUUUGCGACGCCUACAAGGCCGUCAAAGCCGCAAGGAAACAAGCUAGUCGAGAUGCGAAGAAAAACACCAAAUCCAGGGUCUCUGUGGCUGGAGAGGAAAAGAACCUGCAUCAGCUAUUCGUUUUCAUCAGCGAGGUCAUCAAGUUUGGAUCCAACGUAGCCGAUGAGGCUGCAAUGUCCGGUUUGAUGAAGGCGCUGGUCGGCAUCUGUCUCAGCACAACUAUCGAAGACGACCUACGGGCUUCAAUCAGCGUUAUUGAUACUAUUGUGACGUUCGGCACCUUGCCUGUCGAAAGCUUCAAGGAGUGUGUACUUGUGCUGGGCUCGAUAUUCUGCCUGGUACCAAGCCUAUCCAAGACCGCAUGGCACACCAUAUCCAUAUUGCUGAAAUCGCACAAUGGCCCCGCCGCAGUGAGAGUAUUAGUCGACCUGUUGCGUCAUCUCCCGCCGGACGGCACCAGCAAAGGAAAGGACACCAGGGACAUCCGCGGCGUGCUCGCUGUCUUGGAGAAACUGCUCACAAAAAGCACUGAAAAGGGAUACCCGCCUGUGCCCUUUGCCCUACUCAUCGAUGGGUUGGUUGCUGCGGUCCACAGCACGGACUCAGGCCGAGUUCACUGCGCAAUUCUGAAGCUCGUCAACUCCCUGUUCCGCGACGGUGAUGGAAAGCUUCAUAAUCUGAUCAUCGAGGAAGACUGGUCGAAAUUACUGGAUGUGGCCAUGGAAUGUUCAAAAAAGGCCUCACCAAACAUGGUGACCGGUAUCGGUUUAAUAGCCCCGGAGACAGAACCUGACCGACCAGACGAAGCUAUUGGCCUCGAGCUGUUGAAGCUCAUCGCGCGUCUAGAAGAGUUGGCCACUAACAAGUCCGGCGAUUUUGUUCAGCGACAGAUAAUCAUCAGAUUCUUCACCAACAUUCAUGCCCGACUUCCAGAUUCUGCGGCACGGGUUGUUCUCACAUACUUCCAGGAAUUCCGAUGCUGCUCUCCUUCGGAUCUGCAGUGGGAAGAAAACUUAUCUCUGGUCCUGUCGGAAUUCUAUGCCAAUCGGAACCGAACUUCUCAGACUCGUCUUCUAGCCCUUCAGGCUGUCACCGAGUCUUACGACAUGAUGGACCUCAUUGGAGAGGGUUUAGGCGAUGACAUCGUUCCGAAUCUGAUUAAAGACCUUCUGAGAGACAUAGCUGAUGAGACCAACCUGCUGGUUCUUGAGGCAGUCGUCUCAUUUAUGGUUUCUGUCUGUGUGUCUUCGGAUCGUGAACUUUUCGACUAUAUCACAGACACGUUGAGAACAAUUGUCAUGAACGAGCGGCUCUUGUCGCCAAUACCGUCGUCAACGACAUCGCGGCCAACAACCCCGGUCAUGGCUGAUGCAGGUCCUGUCAAGAGCCAUACAGCUUCUGGUGUUGUGACAAGGGGUUAUGUUAAGCUUUUCAUGCGAUGCAUGAACUUGGACGGAGCCAAAAGUCUCAAACUUUACGACGCACUUGUCAAUAUCGCGAAAACAAGCUCUGGCAAAACGGAUGCUCGACUGGUAGCGAUGAAGCUUUUGUUCCGUCUGAGAGCCGAUUGGGCCAACAGGGUAUUCUUGAUCCAGGAUACAGAGUCAGAAGGCUUGGCGGCGACAUUGCAACACACAGGUUCGCUUCGAGGACGAAAGAAAAGUGAAGAUGCUCAACCUGCUAGAAACACGAGAGCAGACCAUGGCGCCGUAUCCCGUACUACGAGAGGAAUUUCCUUCAGCAGCUCGUCAACGCAAGACAGGAGCUUUCCCAUGCGCUCUGCCAGCGGCGCCAAACAGACGCAUCCUUACAAGCAGCUAUGGGUCCUGCCUGAUCCCGAGGCUUUGCCUGAGUCUCCAUCUGCAAUAGCAAGCCCUAUACUGGUGUCUCAUAUCGAAGAUUUGGAUACGACGGUCACUGAAGAAGGCGAGACAACUGUCGUGGAGACGAAACAAAUUGCAUUGAACAUGGAAGUAUGGCUUGACGCGAUUGUUCACAUUGUCGAGCACGGAGGCGAUUGGGAGGUCUACAGCAUGGUAUUGGUGCAUUUGCCUUCACAACUCACGAACCAUGCAAUCUUCCGGGGAGCUGUGCCGCAAAUCAAAGAGCUUCGGCGCGUGGUGUGUGAACAGAUUCGGACGAACAACUUUCAAGAGCCGCCCAAUUGUACCAGUCUGCGCCGCGCCGAUGUCGCCAUCUGCCUUUUCCACAGCCUGACCAUGAUAUUGAGCUAUCACGAGUUCUUCCUCAAGGACCAAGAGGACGAGAUUGUGCAAGCCUUUGUCAAGGGCAUAUCGACUUGGGAAAGGUGCGCCAAAUACUGCAUCCACGCUCUGUCAAUCUGUUGCCACGAAUUACCUCUGUCCACCAGCAAGACUCUAGUACAAAUGUUGCAGAAGAUGGCGCAAAUCAUUACCCAACCACAUGUCGCUAUGCACAUUCUGGAGUUUCUUGCAUGUCUGAGCAGAAUGCAAAAUUUGUACGUCAACUUCAGGGAAGAUGAGUAUCGCAUCGUAUUUGGUAUUUGCGUCAGAUACCUACAGUACGUACGAGACAAGAAACAAACCCAACGAGGCAGCCUCCACAGCGAAGCAGCAACGCCAACCGGGACCUCAGCGCCAGAUAUUUUGCAUCCAAACGCGGCAGAUGACCUGCCUCAAUAUGUGUAUGCUUUGGCAUACCAUGUCAUUACUUUCUGGUUCUUGGCCCUGAAGCUCCCGGAUCGUGCUAACCAUGUUGGAUGGAUUGCCAAGAACUUGCUCACGGAUGUCGACGGUGGACAAAAUCCUGAGGAACAAGCUUUGGUCACGCUCGACUUCAUGCAAAGAGUCGCUUUCGCCGACGCCGAUGAAUCUUCGGAAGAUUUACUCUUUACGAAAGAAAGAUUUGGAGAGAUCCUGAAGCGCAGAUGGCUCAUGGGUAAUAGCAUCGUGACAAUUGAACAGUCGACGACCACUGGGUGGUCCCAGAUCACUAAGCGGCAACCUUCUGGGACGUCAUCUUACAUUGUCCACGAGAACUUCCGACCACGUCCGGCACACCAAGCACAGUACAUAUCCGAUGUUUCGAGAGACGGGCAAUUGACCAACAACAACAUCCUGCCUAGCCACUUAAUGGUGCAGUUGAUGACCUCAACCCCGCAGACCGCCGACGGAGCUCGCCCAAUUCCCCUUCCCGAUGAUGAAGCGGUGCAGAGAGCCAUGAGGGUGUUUGACCGCAAUUCGACUGUGGACGGACACAAGGUCGGAGUCGUUUACAUUGGCGAAGGUCAAACGCAAGAAGCCGAGAUUCUUGCCAACGUCUCAGGUAGUAGCGACUACGUGACGUUCCUCAACGGCUUGGGCACUCUCACAAAACUGAAGGGUUCCAAGUUCAAUUCACAGGGCCUGGAUAGGGAAUACGACACUGACGGCGAGUACACAUUUUGCUGGCGCGACAAGGUUACAGAAAUGGUCUUCCACGUCACUACGCAAAUGCCCACGAACCUUGAGCGAGACCCAAUCUGUAUCAACAAAAAGCGACACAUCGGCAACGACUUCGUCAAUAUCAUUUUCAACGAUUCCGGAACGCCCUUCAAGUUCGAUACUUUUCCUAGCGAAUUCAACUAUGUCAAUAUCGUCAUCACUCCAGAAUCGAGAGCAGGAUUCCUCGCCAUGCGAGAAAACCCACCAAGCGAAAAGCACCCGCCUUUCUAUAAGGUGCAGGUCAUGAGCAAGCCUGGUUUUCCUGAAAUCUCACCAGCGUCUGAGACGAAGAUGGUCAGUUUGAGAGCGCUCCCAGGUUUCAUACGCUUGCUAGCGCUCAACGCGUCCGUUUUCUGUCUGGUUUGGGCAAACCGCGAAGUCGGCGAGCAUAUCAGUUCUUGGCGUAACCGACUCAGGGAGAUCAAGCGCCUUCGUGAGAAAUUUGGCCCUAAGAAUGCGCCAAACACACACGCUCCACUCAACCACAUCAACAGUGCCUUGACACCAUCACCACCGCCCACCUCACUAGGCGGCGCUGUCGUCGGCCCCAAUCCAUUGGGACCGGAUGCCAAAUCAGCCAGCGUGCGCGACAGCUUCAGCAGCCUCCGCCGAUCCUCAGUCGCCACCUUCUUCACGAGCACGAGCGAACAAACGAGCCACCGCAGCUCAAUGCUCUCCACCACAACCAACGAUACCGAGAUUGUAACAGCCAACGGACUGGACUCUCUCGUAGAGUCGGUAGACUUUUCUAAAUGGGCGUAA